AUGUUCGCCAAAGCCUCCCUCGCCCUCGCCGCUGCCGCCUCUCUCCUCGGUACGACUUCGGCCGCUCCUCUCGCUUCCUCCUUCGUCGGACGCUCGCUCGUCGAACGUGCGCCCGUGACGAGCGUCGAAUUUAACGUCACCUACAAGAGCAAUUAUACCGAGCACCUUCCGAAGACGCUUAUUCUCGCAACUGGAGGAACGAUCGCUGGCUCGUCUUCUUCUGCGACUGACUCGACUGCUUACACCGCCGGCGUCGUCGGAAUCGGCGUGCUCGUCCAGGCCGUUCCUCAGUUGCUCAAUGUUUCCAACAUCGACGGCAUGCAGGUCUCGAACGUCGGCUCAGAGAGUCUGACGGACGAGAUCGCUCUCCGCCUUUCCAAGCUCGCGAACAAGGCGCUUUGCGCGGCUGAUGCGCCUUACGAUGCCGUCGUCAUCACUCACGGCACCGACACCCUCGAGGAAACUGCUUUCUUCCUCGACAUCACCGUCGGCUGCGACAAGCCUGUCGUCGUCGUCGGCUCGAUGCGUCCCAGUACUGCUAUCUCCGCUGACGGACCGAAUAACCUGCUGCAAGCUGUUACCACCGCUGUCUCGCCCAACUCGCGCGCUCGCGGCACUCUCAUCGUCCUGAACGACCGCAUUUGCGCAGCUUACUACUGCGAGAAGACUCAGGCCAACACGCUCAACACCUUCGCUUCGCCCGAACCCGGCUACAUCGGCGGCCUCCUCUCUGACAAGCCCUUCUACUACAUGGGCGCCUCGAAGCCGACCUUCAAGCAGGUCUACGAUAUCUCGAACGUCACCGAGCUCCCGCACGUCGAGAUGUUCUACAGCUACCAAGGCGCCGACUUUGAGCUCCUCAACACGACGGUCGCGAAUGGCGCCAAGGGAGUUGUCAUCGCUGGAACGGGCGCGGGAUCGCUCACCGAUGCCGGCAUUAGCAACGUCGAUGCAACCGUCUCGAAGGGCGUUCCGGUCGUCCGCUCGACCAAGAUCAACGUCGGCUUCGUCACGCCCGGCGACUACCCGAAUACGAUUGCCUCUGGCUCGCUCAACCCCGUCAAGUCGCGCAGGCAGCUCCAGGUCCUCCUCGCGCUCAACAAGACGAACGACGAGAUCCGCACUGCUUUCGAGGAGCCGCUCAAGACGUACCUCAACCUCAACAUUUCGAGCUACUACUAG